AUGUAUUUUGAAAGUGCCAACAGCUUUGAGAAUUGUGUAAUCGGGGGCUGGCGUUAUGGCAUACAAGAGACCCAUUCUCCUGAUGAAGGCAGUGAGGGGGAAGUGAGUGCACACAGACCUCAUCCAGUAACAGAGGCCGGUGUAGCACCCUUGAUCGUGUUUGGUCCUGGACUCCAGACAGCGCGCAAGACAUCAGUCAUGUUGGAUUAUGACCUCACCUUUAUAACCUCAUUUAACCUAAAUUACCUCUGUGAGCCUGAAUUUAAAUACAUUGGGAAUAUGCACGGUAAUGAGGCUGUUGGAAGGGAACUGCUCAUUUUCCUGGCCCAGUACUUAUGCAACGAAUACCAGAAGGGGAAUGAGACAGUCGUCAACCUGAUCCACAACACCCGAAUCCACAUCAUGCCUUCGCUGAACCCCGACGGCUUUGAGAAGGCAGCAUCCCAGCCUGGUGAGCUCAAGGAUUGGUUUGUGGGUCGAAGCAACGCCCAGGGAAUAGAUUUGAACCGGAACUUCCCAGACUUGGAUAGGAUCGUGUACGUCAAUGAGAAAGAAGGUGGCCCCAAUAACCAUCUGCUGAAAAACCUGAAGAAGAUUGUGGAUCAGAACGCAAAGCUUGCGCCUGAGACCAAGCCUGUCAUUCACUGGAUUAUGGAUAUUCCUUUUGUGCUCUCUGCCAAUCUCCAUGGAGGAGACCUUGUGGCCAAUUAUCCCUACGAUGAGACCAGGAGUGGAAGUGCUCAUGAAUACAGCUCCUGCCCAGAUGAUGCCAUUUUCCAAAGCGUGGCUCAGGUGUACUCCUCUUUCAACUCAGUCAUGUCUGACCCCAACCGGCCACCCUGUCGCAAGAAUGAUGAUGACAGCAGCUUUGUAGAAGGCACAACCAACGGUGGUGCCUGGUAUAGUGUGCCUGGCGGGAUGCAGGACUUCAAUUACCUCAGCAGCAACUGUUUCGAGAUCACGGUGGAGCUCAGCUGUGAGAAGUUCCCACCCGAGGAGACCCUGAAGAGCUACUGGAAGGAUAAUAAGAACUCCCUCAUCAGCUACCUUGAGCAGAUACACCGAGGAGUUAAAGGAUUUGUCCAAGAUCUUCAAGGUAACCCGAUUGCCAAUGCAACCAUCUCCGUGGAAGGAAUAGAUCACGAUGUUACAUCUG